AACUGGGUAGCACAGAAGGUCAGAGUCAGCAAAUCCUAUCCUAAAAAUAGAUCCGAGUUUCAAAGUUAGUAAGAUUUCCUGUGUUGUCCUGCCACACUUCGUAGAGCCAAGCUACCUGCAGCUCCUGCCCAAGCUUACAGAUCCUGUCACAUUCCAAGUAUCCAGCACCAGAUAACCCUCUGGGAACAAGAUGUCUGCCGUGGGUCUGAACAAGAAGAGAAGUGCCUACACGGCAGUCAAAGUGGACCCUGAUGGAGACUACUGUACCCCCGGCGCGUUUGAACUAGAGCGGCUCUUCUGGAAAGGCACCCCAAAGUACGCCCACGUCAAUGAAGUCUGGCCUAAUCUCUACAUAGGAGAUGAGAAAACGGCCUUGGAGCGCUACUGCCUUGAGAAAGCCGGCUUCACACACGUCCUCAACGCAGCCCACGGCCGGUGGAACGUGGACACGGGGCCAGACUACUACAGUGACACGGACGAUCUCCCCAGCUUCGACCUCAGUCAGUUCUUUUAUUCGGCUGCUGAUUUCAUCGACGCCGCACUUCAAGAUCCGAGAAACAAGAUCUUGGUUCAUUGCGCCAUGGGACGCAGCCGAUCCGCCACCUUGGUCUUGGCGUACCUGAUUAUUUACAAGAACAUGACCAUCGUCCAGGCCAUCGAGCAAGUGUUGCAGCACCGGUGCAUCCUCCCGAACCGCGGCUUCCUGAAGCAGCUGAGAGAACUGGACAUCCAGCUGGAGGUGGAGAGGACCAACGCCAAGAACGGCCGCCAAGUCAACGGAGAUGGGCCUGGCCGGGAGAUCUAGGCUUCCUCAUGCCCAGGGUGAUGGUUCCCCGGACAAACACCUAGUGAGAGACCACUGCCGUUGGAAAACCAAUGCGGCCAGAAGGCCUGCGGGAAAAAUCGGCCGCAAAGGGAAUCCCGGGGAAAAGGAGCAGGGAAGCGAUGUCCUUGGGGGCGCGACACAGACUUGGCAGGGUGCAGCGCUGUUCUGCGGGGUUCUGCUGUCCGGAAGCAGCCAAGGAGGGACUUGGAGGAGAGGCCGUAAGUGGGCAAGCCCCUGAGCUGCGACGGAGGCCCAGCUGCUUCUGCUGUCCUAAGACGAGUUGAACCACUGUUGUUUUAAUGCGGUUUGUGAGGGGCUACUUUCUCCCCAGCCCCCGUGCAAAGCCUCGCACGUUUACUUAAAUACAAGCAGGGAUGGGAGCCUGGCAAAGCCUGAGCCAGUCCCCACCCCUGCAAUCCUCCUUUCAGCUGACAGGAUUAACUAGCGGGGGGGGCCCCCG